AGCGGUGCCGCACGGAGCCCGCCGAGCCUCGAGCACGCCGAGCAGGCCUCGGACACCAGCCCGCCGCGCGCUACGGGCUGUUGGACACCAGCCGCCUCGAGGCCCCGGUCAGCGCAGGACCGCGGGCGUCGCGUUCCCCCCGAACUACGCGCCGCCUCGGGCCGAGGUCGUGUCGCCCCAUGGGGGUCCCGAUGGACGGGCACGGCCAGUACCCUGCCGCCCCCGGCUCCGGCCAGCACUAUCCGCAGCCGCACCCUGGCUUCGCCUACCAGCAGCAGCCGCCGCCGGCCUCGGGCCCCGCCGCCGCCGCGCCCGCCGCUGCCAACCCAGACGUGGAGAUCGAGUACGAAGUGACGGUGCCCCUGGGCAGGCUGAGGCACUCCGGCUGCCACUCCAUGUGGGACCUGCAGUGCCCCGGGGCGCCGCACGCCCCUCCGUCCGGACUGCAGCAAGUGGCCAGGAUGAUGGACUCGCUGCUCAUGGACACGUUCUCGCCGUUCACGUUCACCAAGAUCACGACGCACCGGCGGGAGCGGCAGGCGAGCCGCCGCCACCACCACGCGGCCCGGCGUGAGGCCGGUGCCCAGGGCGCAGGGGUGGUUGGGGCCGCCAGCUCCGCGCCCAUGCGCGCGCACCCGCCACCGCCGCCGGCCCACCCAGGUGCGGAGUUCAUGGUGCGACCCCCCGACUCGGCGGCGGCCGGUGUGCGCGGCGGCGGCGGCGGCGGAGGCGGCGGCGGUCACCCUCCUCCGGCCGCCAGCGACAAGUGGGUGGCCUCCUUGCGGCGCCGGGACCCCGAGAUCCAGCCGGCGCUGCCGGCCAUCGGCCUGCGCGGCCGCUCCAGCUCGCACCCCUCCGUGGCGCGCAAGUCCCGCUCCGUGGAGCGGCUGCCCCGCACCGUGCGCGCCCGCCCGCCCGUCGGCCCCGCCGGCCCCGUCAGCUCCGCGGCCCUGCACCACCGCCACCACCGCGUCGCCAAGAAGACGUCCUCGACGGGCUCCUCGGAGAAAGAGGAUCAAGAUGGCACCGGCGACGACGAGAAGGACGAGCAGCAGCGCACCUUCAACCCCACCGGCUACGAGGGGCACCUCGUCGACACCUUGGAGAAGGACAUCCUGCAGCGGAACCCGGAUGUGACUUGGGCGCGCAUUGCGGGCUUGGAGGACGCCAAGGGGGUGCUUCAAGAGGCCGUCGUCUUGCCCAUCCUUAUGCCUGACUUUUUCAAGGGUAUCCGGCGGCCGUGGAAGGGCGUGCUGAUGGUGGGUCCACCAGGCACAGGCAAGACGAUGCUGGCGAAGGCUGUGGCCACCGAGUGCGGCACCACUUUCUUCAACGUAUCGUCGGCCACGCUCACCUCCAAGUACCGCGGCGACUCGGAGAAGUUGGUGCGCCUGCUGUUCGAAAUGGCGCGCUUCUUCGCGCCCAGCACCAUCUUCAUCGACGAGAUGGACUCGCUCUGCUCGCAGCGCGGCACCGACUCGGAGCACGAGGCUUCGCGCCGCUUCAAGGCCGAGCUGCUCAUCCAGAUGGACGGGCUCAACUGCACCAGCGGUGACGACAAGGUCAUCAUGGUCCUGGGCGCGACCAACCACCCUUGGGAUAUCGACGAGGCUUUCCGCAGGCGCUUCGAGAAACGGGUCUACAUACCCCUGCCGAACGACGAAACACGCACGGCACUGCUCAAACUCUGCCUCGAAGGGGUGACCGUCGAGGAGAACUUCGACCAUCAGACUGUCGCGGACCAGCUCGAGGGUUACACGGGAUCGGACAUCAGCAACGUUUGCAGGGACGCCGCCAUGAUGGCCAUGCGCCGGAAGAUCUGCGGCCGAAGCCCGGACGAGAUCAAGAAGAUCAAGAAGGAGGAGGUGGACCUUCCCGUCACGGUACAGGACUUUGGGGAGGCGGUAGCCAAGUGCAAGAAGAGCGUCACCCAGGAGGACGUAACCAAAUACGAGGAGUGGAUCGCAGAGUUCGGGUCGUCCUGAAGGACUCGCAACGCGAAUGGAGGAUAACCGCAGUGCCCCGAGUGUUUCGACACUUCUAUUCACGUUGUUUAGAGUCCUUGUAAGCUAUAGGGCAUCUGGCCCAAAAUACAUUGUACAAAGAAUAGUUAGUUUCUUUUGUAGAUAUAUGUUCUUUUUCAAAUAAAGUUAACUCAUCUUUUUAAAACAGAAUUUAUUUUUUGGCAAAUAAUACAGGAAAUACUUCGCGGGUGGGUGACAGGUACAUUUGUAAUUUUGUUUU